AUGAAAAGAAGUAAAGAAGCAGCUCAUAAUUAUGGCAUUGAUGACUAUAAAACAGGAAAUCUGAAGGGUCCAAUGUUAAAUAGCUAUGACAAAGAGCUUAAAAAUCCAUUCUCUAAUCAGCUAAGGGAGGUUGGCAAAAAUAAAUCAAUAAGGAAGAAAAAGAGAGAAUAUCAAAAUGAAAUUCAAGGGAACCCUUUUGCCAAUUCUAAUUUACGAGAUAAUGAUCAAGAAAAUGUUCUACCCAGUGUGUCAUCUUUAAGUCACGACAAGACCAAUGUAACUGAUGAGAAAGGGAAACCGUAUUCAAAAAGGACAGUGAGAUUAGGUACGAUACGAUAUCAGUUGCUACGGCCUAGUCAAGUGGAAGUAUUGAGCCGACCGGAGGUUGCACGAAAAAGAGUAGCUUGUCAACUCUACUUUCUUAACCAUUAUAUUUCAUUUAUAGAUUACCAUAAAUUACGAAAAGAGCGUUUAAACCAGUUUGCUCAAUGCAGUCAGGAUUUAAAAGCUUCAAAACAAAAAAGAUUAUGGAAAGAGCACUGCGGACGAGAACGAGCCUUUUUAAGGAAACAAAGGACUAAAGUUCAAAACAAUCAUUUUGAUUUACUCGUAAAACUUGGACAAGGCGGUUAUGGGUCUGUUUGGUUAGCCAAGAAGAAAGAUACCCAUGAAUUUGUAGCAUUGAAAAUGAUGAAAAAAGCAGUUUUACAACAAAUGGGUGAAGUACGGCACAUCUUAACCGAGAGAGAUGUUUUGACAAACACAAAUUCUGAAUGGCUUACCAAACUGUUUUACGCCUUCCAAGAUCAAAGUUGUGUAUACUUGGCGAUGGAAUAUGUACCAGGAGGAGACUUUCGAACAUAUUUAGCCAUGCACGGGUUGCUUCGUGAAAGACAGAUUCGAUUUUAUCUAGCCGAGAUGUUUAUGGCAGUCAAUGAAGUCCAUAAAUUAGGCUAUACACAUAGAGAUUUGAAGCCAGAAAAUUUCUUAAUUGACAAAAAUGGGCAUUUAAAGUUGGGGGACUUUGGACUCAGUACAGGACUUGUGAACAGUGCCCAAAUCCGAAAGCUUAGAAAAAACCUUGCGAUUGCAGAGGCUCCAAAAAAUGCCUAUUUAACACAGCGGCAACGGAAAAACAUAUACAAAGCUUUUUUAGAGAGGAAUGGAUACCGGGCAAAUUCGAUUGUCGGAUCUCCUGAAUAUAUGGCUCCGGAGGUAAUCUAUGGAAAUGGUUAUGACAAAACUGUAGAUUAUUGGUCUCUGGGGUGCAUUCUGUAUGAAUGCGCUGCAGGUUAUCCACCAUUUUCCGGGGCGACAACCCAAGAGACAUGGACGAAUCUCUAUUUUUGGAAAGAUGUUUUGCAAAGACCGGAAAAAAGCAGGAAUGAUCAGUAUGACAAGUCGGCCGUUUGUAUUUCAGACAAUGCUUGGUCAUUUAUUUUAAAAUGCCUAGGUGAGCCGGAGAUGCGAUUUCAAAGUAUGUCGGAAGUUCAAAAGCAUCCAUACUUUUCAAAGAUUCAUUGGAAUCAUUUGAGGAGUCACGGAAGGCCACCGUUUAUACCUCAUUUGAGCGAUCAAUUGGAUACAUCGCAUUUUGAUGAUUUUUCAAACGAAGCGGUUAUGGAAGCAUAUAAAGAUGUCUACGAUAAGCAAAGGAUGAUGGAAGAAAAAAUGCGCAAGUGCCAUGGAUUCGUCAACCAGCGUCCCUUCCAAGGGUUUACGUAUAAGCAUCGUACUAGUCAGUUAAAGCCAGCCAAGCAAGAAGAAGGAAACGAGUGGAAAAAGAAGCGCGAGAGUAAGCCAAAGAAAAAAAAGACGAAGGAUCGUGUGUACAGGAAUGAAUUGGCUGCUUUGUCUAAUUCAUCAUCCGAAGCCGUUCCCUUGUAUCAUGAGCUGAAAGCGGAGAAGAAAAGACAAGGUGGAAGGCAGAAAUUGCAUCCAAAUGAUUAUUUGAGGAGGAAGGAAAAGGAUUACUAUGAAGUUUUGUUUUGA